CAACGCCGCCUCCCACCUACGCGGCUACGCCCACUGCUGAAUUCUUCCAGUUGAGCCAAAGAGGGGGUGUUUCAUCAAGCUUCUUGCGGUCGUCUUUUAUCAGUUCUUCAUAUUCAUCAUCUUGCCCUACUAUAAUCUCUCAGGCAAUUAAAACCCAAUGUUCUACCUCAGCCGAAUCGAGCACACUCUGCGUCUGCCUCCCUCUCUGCUUAGUUAUCGUCUACGAGAUGCAGUUAAGGGAGAGCUUGAAAAGAUUUUCUUAGAUAAGGUCAUCUCGAAUUUGGGACUCUGCAUUUCUGUCUAUGAUAUUGAUAUAGAUGACAUUAAGGAUAUGUUCAUCUUACCAAACGAUGGUCAUCCAACUCUAAAGGUGAACUUCACCAUGAUUAUGUUUCGUCCAUUUGUGGGAGAGAUAAUUACAGCCAAAGUCAUAGAAUCUACUGCUGAUGGUUUACGUUUGUCACUGGGAUUUUUCGAUGAUAUUUAUAUACCUAUUCAUCGUUUUCCUACACCAUUCUUCAAGAAGGGUAACUCAAAAAAGAAUGUCGUGUUAUGGUUUUGGAAGCCUCCUGAUUCUGAUGAAGAAUAUCCAAUUGAUUUGAAGGACCAGGUACGAUUCCAGGUUGAAAGUGUGAACUAUCCUAAAAUUCCAAUUGAGCAGCCAGAAAACUCAAAACCAUUUGCCCCUAUGGAGGUUAAAGGGGCGAUUGAUUUUGAUGGUUUAGGGCCUGUUCUUUGGUGGAAAGAGGUUGAAGAAGCUUAAGCAAAGGCAAGCUAGUUCUUAAUUACAGUUGUAAUCUUUCUGAGACAAAUUUGGCAGAACAUGUAAAUUCCCAAUUAUAGAUGGAACUUGAACCAUUUAGUUUCUGAUUCAAGAGGAGACUAAUUUUUUAUAUUACAAGCUUAUUCUAUCAUACUCGAUUUUUGUAAAGUACCAGCCUGCAUGUUUCCUUGUAUACCAAAUCGUGGAACUGCAUAACCAAUUUGUAGACCCGAGAGUUGGCCAAGUUUUUAAAUAUCGCAUGACAUUUCCUUUAUAA